AACUCAACAACGCGUGCGGCACAGAGAUUGAAGCUUUUUUCUAGUGCUUUGUUUAAUCACAAGAAGACGACAUUGUUUAGACCUACUUUCACAAGAUCGUUUGCAAACAUGGCGGCUACUACCGAUGUCCAGAACUACAAAUUCAACCACUCCAUGAUCCGGGUCAAGGACCCCAAGGAGUCGGUCAAAUUCUACGAAUUCCUCGGCAUGUCCCUCCUCAAGAAACUCUCCUUCCCCGAAGCCAAAUUCGAUCUCUACUUCCUCGGCUACGACGCUCCCGGUGCCGUCUCCGCGGGCGCCAACCUCUGGGACCGCGAGGGUCUGAUCGAGCUAACCCACAACUACGGCACCGAGUCCGACCCCAACUACAAGAUCAACAACGGCAACGUCGAACCCCACCGCGGUUUCGGUCACACCUGCAUCUCCGUCGACAACCUCCAGGCCGCGUGCCAGCGCCUCGAGGACGCAGGUUACAAGUUCCAGAAGAAGUUGAGCGAUGGGCGCAUGAAGCACAUUGCUUUUGCCCUGGACCCGGAUGGAUACUGGGUGGAGAUUAUUGGUCGCAAGCCGGUGGAGGAGACGGAGGGCGUCAAGGAGACGGACCUGAAGACUUACAGGAUGAACCAUACCAUGUUGAGGGUCAAGGAUGGGGAGAAGAGUCUCAAGUUUUACCAGGAGGUUAUGGGCAUGAAGCUGGUGAGGACGCAUGAGGCCAAGGAGGCCGGAUUCAACCUUUAUUUCCUUGGGUAUGGAGAUGAGAAGCAGAACACGGCGGAUCGCGAGGGACUGUUGGAGUUGACGUGGAACUAUGGCACCGAGAAGGAUGAGAACUUUUCGUACCAUAACGGCAAUGAUCAGCCUCAAGGGUUUGGUCAUAUUUGCGUGUCGGUUGACAACAUCGAGGCUGCCUGCGAGCGUCUGGAGGGUCUCAAGGUCAACUGGAAGAAGAGACUGACGGAUGGUCGCAUGAAGAACGUUGCGUUCGUUCUUGAUCCUGAUAACUACUGGAUUGAGUUGGUCCAGAAUGAGCGCUUCACUGGCCAGGCUAACUUUUAAGCUGAGCGGGAUGUUCAAAGGGGAUGUUACAUUUGGUGAUCGACUAGAUGUGGAAUAUACCAAGUCCUGCAAUAUCAGACCUUGUGCUCUGUUCACAACCA